AUGUUUUUGUCCAUGGAAAAGUGUGAUCCUUCGGCCUUACAAAGAUCAGGAGAAGAAGAUGAAGACACCAUGUCUCUUUCUGAUUUUUCCAUUUAUUGUGACGAGAAUGUUGAAUCUUGGAUAGAAGGGCCAAGUAUGAGUGAUCAAGAUGAACAAGAUUUUGAGUUUUCAAGUGAGAUAGGGAUAACUUCUCAUGAUUUAACGAAUCCCAUUAUUUUUUGUGGGAAAAUUGUUCAUGUUUCUUCCAAGAACAUACAAGAAAAUGAAAACAAGAAGCCACUAGACAUGCAUCAUGGGGGGAGUAUGGAAAGAAAGGUGUCUAUACUUACUUCAAAGUCAAAAUCAAGAUGGUACGUGUUUAUGUUCGGAUUUGGGUCACUUAGAUUCCCCACAGAGAUGCAUAUCAGCGAUUUGAGGAAAAGGAAAAUAUGUGUUCCAACCAAAAGAAAUGACAAUUAUAAGUUUAACAAAGGUGAUCCUAAUGGUAUAGGAAAAUCUAGAGGGUUGAUAAGGUUCUUGGGAUGUUGUGUGGCACCAACAAAAGUUACAAAAUGA